CUUUUUCCACCUUAAAACCACUCGUUUUUUUUCUUCGGAUAUUCACGUUUGCUUAUCUCCAAAGCUAACCGUUACACUCUUAGACAUAGGUGAGAAAGAGGCGGGCAAACAAAUGGCUCCGAAGAACUUGUCAUUCAAGAUAAUCCUGGGUUCUUCCUCCAUGGCACGUCGAAAAAUUCUAGCUGACAUGGGUUAUGAUUUUACAGUUAUGACUGCUGACAUUGACGAAAAGAGCAUUAGGAAGGAAAAUGCUGAGGAAUUAGUGGUAGCUCUAGCAGAGGCAAAGGCAGAUGCUAUUAUGUCAAGGCUCGAAACAACUGAACAGUUGGAGGAAAAUACUCAUCCCACUCUGUUGAUUACUGCAGACACAAUCUUUUUUGGCUAUAUCUUACCUACAUCUAUUGGUAUCGAGGUGGCGGUGUACCAAGGAAUUAUUAGAGAAAAGCCAUCAAGUAAGGACGAAGCACGCCAAUUCAUCAAAAGUUACUCCGGUGGUCAAGCCACGGUUGUGGGAUCUGUUGUGGUGACCAACCUCACAAAGGGGAUAAGAAAAGGAGCUUGGGAAAGGUCAGAGGUAUAUUUCCAUGAGAUACCUGAUGAGGUCAUUGAUAGCCUGAUUGAGGAAGGAAUAAUACUUAAUGUUGCUGGUGGUUUAAUGCUUGAACAUCCACUGACGUUGCCCUUCGUUGAUACUGUGGUUAAAUCAAACCUUGUCGGAUUUCACAUUCAUGGCAUAAAGGAGUACUAAGAAACCCUCCAACCAAGAACAUAUUGGAACUGCUGAUCAUGUCAUGGGACUCCCAAGAAGUCUCACUGAAAAGCUUAUUCAAGAAGCACUCUAGCUGCUGGGUGUCCACCAAAUGAAUAUCCUUACGAUCUACCCUCCUAAAAUUCACUAUUUGCACUUGAUUACUCCCCCUAGAUUUUCGAAUUUAUAAGAUUGUCUUUCUGAACUCUGAAGUGAAGGUUUGGAACAUGCCGAAAUGAAAAAUUAGCUUCCAUCCCAGUAAAGAAAGUCAUUUUGCAAA